UGACCAACUUAUUUGUAACUGACUUAAAUUGUCCUUUAUGAUUAAAUGUUCAAAAUUAAUAACCCUCAAAACUUUUCAAACCCUAAAAACUUUUCAAUCCCCUUUUUUGAUUUUCCCUCCCUCAUACUCGAUCUGCUGUUCCCCAUUGAAGCGCAAUCUCAUCUUCUUGAAGCUCCUUCGCCGGUCCUUUGUUUCUCCGUCGCCGGUCCUCCGUUUCUCCGUCGUCGGGCCUCGUCUCUUCUCCCUUUCUCCUUGCAAGCUCCGGUGGUCGGCUCUUUUUCUUCGUCCCUUCUCCAUCCCUUUCUCCCUUACGAGCUCCGGUCACUUGCUCCUCGCCAUUUCCGCCGUUUGCUCCGGUGGUUUUCUCCAUUCGUUUUCUCAGGUGGUUUUCUGCGGUCGUUUUCUCCGAUUGUUUUCUCCGGUCUCCUUUGCAAGCUCUCUUCUCGAAACUCAAGAAUCCAGGUGUAGGCAUACUACAAUGGAAGAAAGCAGAGAUGAUCAUGAUGGACAGGAACAAUCUGGUGACAUGGAUGCCUCCACUUCCCAAGUAAAAUCUUCUACAAAAAAGGGACGAGGCCCGUCCAGAUCAGUCCAAACAACUACACCCAUGUUCCUCGAAUUUGAUGAGUUUGACAUGCCUAUUGGAAAGUGGGAAUCUGCUUAUGGGAAGCAAAUUAGUAAUUGUGCUCAAAGAGUUAACAUUAAUGUGAAGGGAUAUCCGAAGUAUGAUAAAGUUCAAAAGCAAAACUUGUGGGAGGAGAGUAAGCGGAAGUUCCACAUUUAUGAUCCCAAGGGUAGUAAAGAGAAGAAGUUCCACGAAGCUGUUGGUGCAAGAUUUAGGAAGCACAAGUCUCGGUUAGUUUCACGAUUCAUUACUAAGGAAACUGCACCUCCGCUUGACUCACCAAGUGCAAACAUUAAGCCUUGGGAGCUUUAUGAAGGUUACAUCACAGAAGAGCAAUGGAAAGAUUUUGAGAAAUAUUGCAAUACAGAUGAAUUUAAGGCUCUGAGUGAAAAAGGCAAGGAAAAUGCAAAGAAUAAUAAGCAUCGCCACCAUCUAGGCUCCAAGAGUUAUGAGAGGGCUCGAGUUGAUUGGAGUAAUACCAAUAGAAUUCCAGCAGAAUCUUCAACCUCAAGCACCACAGAGUCCACAACAAGCUGUGUAAUGACUGAAAAGCUUAAACGGUCUCUUUAUUGGAUUUUGGCCCGUCAAACUCGUAAUGCAGAUGGAUCGUGGGCUAUAGACCCAAAAAAUGCCGAAACCCAGCAAAAAGCCAAUGCUAUUUUGGAAAACUUGCAAAAGAAUGAUGAAGGAAACAAUUCAAGUGAUGCUAUUGGUAUGGAUGCCCUCGACAAGGCUUUAGGAAAAAGGGAUCACCGCGGGCAUGUAAAAGCACUAGGAAGGUGUGGGUUUGGAGUUAGUCACACACAAGUAUUUGGGAAGGGAUACAAAAAGGGUAAAUCAUCCGGCCAAGGUGGAUGCUCAUUAGAAGAGUUAGAAUCAAUGAAAGCUACCCUAACUCAAGAAUUUGAGGCGAGGCUAGAAGAAAAGGUUGAAGAGAAGCUUCAAGAGAGGAUCGAAGAGAGGUUGGAACAACGGGUGGCAAUGGAGGUGAAAGCUUAUCUCGCCAAUUUACUACCACAGAUGACCAGUGACGUGUAGGCAUUUCAAGGAAUGCAAGUGAUGACGAACAUGGAGGCAACACAAAGCCCUCGUGUAAUAGAGGUAGCCACUAAAUGUCGCCUAGCAUUGAAAGAUGAGUCCAAUCAAAAUUUAGUGGUUGUGGCAGAUAGAACGGUAUAUCCUGUUACCGGUGAAGUUACGCACAACCUGAAGAUGUUACCUGAUCAUUACAGGGUUAGUGUGGACAACCCUUAUCCCGACUGUGCCUUCCUCGAUAUACCGGUACCGUCUCCCGAUGGUGUGACUAAGUUGGGAAAAGCCAAGUCUUCCUUUGUACUAUGGCCUAUAGACAUGGUUUUUUUUGAAGAGGAGGUUUCACCAUCGCCCAAAAAGAAGCAUAGAUCUCGCCAAAGCAAAGAAGGGGACGAUAGUUGUGGUGUGAAAUCAAGGCAAUCUACCAUCAAACCCACAAAAUUCCUACCACUUGAAGAUAAAAUUGUCGAUACUUUUGGCGAGGGGUUGACAAACAGAUAUGGGUAACCGCUACCGAUGUACGUGAAUUUCUAAGAGGAUCGUGGGCUAAUGUUUCAUUGAUUCAUGUUUAUAUCAUGUAUUUAGUAGACAACUUCAUCGACCUUUUCAACAGGACUGAGAUCACAUUCUUUUGUCCUCAACUCAUUUCUGAAUCUUCAAUUGAGAAUGAUUACCUUGAAACUUAUACAUAUGUGAAGAAUACAUUUUUGCAUGAAGUAAGAAAGACGGGUAAACGUUGCUAAUUCAUCGUGGCUCCAUAUGUCGCAAGGUUCAAAAUAUGUUUUUUAUAUUGCCACUAAAUUGAAAUUCAUACAAAUGGAGUGUGCUCAACAAUAAGGAGGCGUUGAAUGUGGCUACUACAUUAUGAGAUACAUGUAUGAGAUUGUUACUUCUCACUUGGAGUGCAAAGGUGUCUUAGAAGGGAUUUUUGUCCAAGGACCGCCGCGUAUGAUGUUGACGAGUUGAAUGUGGUUCGAGAACAAUGGGCGCAAUACUUUAGAAGUAAAUAUUUAUUGAAUGCAUAACUAUUAGCUUAGGUAGAACAACGUAAUAUUUUUAGUGUUGUUGUAUAUGUUGGAUAAAUUUAUACAAGUUUUUAUUUGUAAUGUGUUACUACUUCAGUUUUUAUAUUACGUCGUAUUAAUUUUUA